UGUAAACAAAAACAUUUAACCAUCCACACAACUCACAACACACACGUACACGCUUCCAGCUUCUGCCGAAUGAGUAUUUGCCUAACCUAAACGGAUGUAAAGUAAGGCAAGCUGAGUAACAUCGUAGAUCAGCCCGGCAGAAGCUUCCACACACCUCAGACACCAUACUGCAUGUGAAAUCUUCAGGAAUAUAUUUGUCCAUGGUGAAGCACACGUCAAGACAUCAAGCACACUAUAAAAGCAAUAAGUUAGUUAAACUCCCGAUAAGUUUUGGAACCAUUUGACGGAACUCCACAUCAAAGAUGAAGUACGAAUGAAAAUUCAAACAAACUAAAAUAAGAAAUAAUCUUUUGAAAUUACCCAGCAAACAACCUUCCUACUUCACAGUUUCUUGAGGUUUCUUUGUAAAACAUAUUGUUUGGACUGAAUUAUUCAUUAUUAUACUAAGAAUAAUGGCAGAAAAAGAUAAGAUACAAUUUAAAGAUAUGAUUAUAGAAAUAUCGGGGGAGGGAAGAAUUGAAGAAUCAAUGUUCCCCGAAGAAGAAGAGCCUUGUUCGUGCCCGAGUAAACAUAAAACGGACUCGACCUGUCUAGUACACGGUAAGAAGCCCCUUCAGGAUGAGGCUGGUGACAGACGUUACGGUAAAGACAAGUCUGAUAAAGAUUGUGUAAAACAUGGCAAAUGUAUUUGUAAAGAUAAAGAAAACCCAGAUCCAAAAUGUCCAGAGCACGGUAAGUGCAUUUGUAAAGAUAAAAAACAUCCCGAUCAAUUUUGUCCCGAACAUGGAAAAUGUAUUUGCAAGGAUAUGGACAAAUUUGAAGGUAAUUGUCCUAAGCACGGUAAAUGUAUUUGCGAGAGGAAGGAUAAGCCAAAUCCUAAAUGUCCCGAGCAUGGAAGGUGUAUUUGUACGGACAAAACUGUACCAGAUCCUGAUUGCUCAAAGCACGGUAAAUGUAUUUGUAAAACUAGAAAUAAAGAUUGUCAUAAGCACGGAAAUUGCAUCUGUACGGAUAAAGACGCCCCGAAUAAAAAGUGUCCUGAACACGGUCAAUGCAUCUGUACGGACGAAAAUAAGCCUGAUCAAGAAUGUCCUGAGCAUGGAAAGUGUGAUUGUAAAGACGAAUCUGAAAAACAGUGUCCCAAGCAUGGUGAAUGCAUUUGUUCUGAGAAAGAUAAACCUAAUCCAAAGUGCCCUGAACACGGACAUUGUAUCUGUGAAGAUAAAUAUAAGCGUAACCCACAAUGUCCCGAACACGGACCUUGUAUCUGCAAAGAUACAGAUAAAUCCGAUAAGGACUGCCCAAAACACGGAAAAUGCAUAUGUACCGAUAAAAAGAGACCAAAUAAGAAAUGUCCAGAACACGGCACUUGCAUUUGCACUGAUGUAACAAAACCAGAUAAAAAGUGUCCCGAACAUGGCGCUUGUCUUUGCAAAGACAUUGCCAAGUUCAGCUCUGAUUGCGUUAAACACGGAUCGUGUCGUUGUAAAGUUGGGGAAAAACCCGAACCUCUUUGUCCCCAGCAUGGAACAUGUAUUUGUAAAGACAAACGCAAGCCUGACCCUAAAUGUCCUAACCACGGGAAGUGUACUUGUGUGAGGACACCGAGCCUUGCUUGUACGUGCACAGAUAAGGAUCACCCGGAUUCUGGAUGUCCUGAGCACGGUGAAGGUACAGGACCUAGAGGUAAGAGGUCACUUCCAUCAAAACUUAUAGAUGACUGGGGUAUCAUAGAUGACGACGGUUGCUGUACCUGUCCUUCCAAAGAGGAGGCUGAUCCUUUCUGUCCUGAACACGGUCUUUAUAGAACUAACGGGGAGAAAAGACCAAAGCCGUUUGAUGAACCUUGUUCGUGUCCUUCAAGAUACGAAAGAGACCCUUAUUGCGUUACACACGGCAAAAUACAGGCGUAAACAGUAUCCAGGAGAGUACGGAGAUCCGUGUACUUGCCCUGCAGAUGCAACAGAUCCUUACUGUCCUGAGCACGGGAGGUAUAACACCAACGGGACCAAAAGGACGAAACGCUACGAUGGUCUGAUGUGUACAUGUGAUCCGUUUUGUCCUAUACAUGGAAAACGACGACCUGAAAUAAGAGAGGAAGCCGAAGACUUAGGUGAAUUUUGUACUUGUCCACGAAAAAAUGUAGGUGACCCUUUCUGUGUCGAGCAUGGAAAAUACGGUAAGAACGGUAGGAAACGUCCAGGAAUACGUGAACGACUGUGCACAUGCCCGACAAGAAAAAUAAAAGACCCGUAUUGCCGUGAACACGGCACCUUCAAACCAAACGGUACGAAACAAUCGGAGUUGUAUGGACCUUUAUGUUCAUGUCUAUCAGGUGAAGAUCGCGAUCCUUUCUGUCCGGAACACGGCACGUAUAUCGGGGCACAUAUACUCAGAUUUGGGAAUAACGGCACGACUGACCCGUACUGUUCUCAGCACGGUAUUUGUGCCAAAGGGCGAAAAUCACCCAAAGGAGUACCAGAUGACGUUUGCAUAUGCCGUAGAAAGAAAGGGUUAUUCGACAGAACUGCGGGAAAGACUAAAGGCUUUUGCCAGCGAUUCCUUGAUGUGUCACCUUGCUGUAGAUGUGUUUGCGAGAAGGUGUGCUGUAGGUCACUGUGCUGUCGAGAGUAUUGUCUUCUAGAAGGAAAGAAUUCAGAUGAUCAAGAUCAUUGUAUCUUUGAUAAAGACCAGAAAGAAUGGAGUGAGAGGAGGGGUGGAGAGAAACCGUGCUGUGAAGGCACGGCUGAUCUACAUUCUUCUCACUACCACAGGAAGUGUGGUUUUGCAAUUGACAUGCAAAUAAAAAACAAAUGAAUUAUAAAUACAGUAAUUAGAACAUG